AUGUCUUCGAACCAACAAACCGUUGAUACCUCCAAGCUUUCCAGCUUCUCCACGCAGAACGCUGAGACACAGCGGCGCCGGGCCAGCAAGUCUCCCACCCCAACUGGUGAGCCUGAUGCUAGCACAUUUCCGCCCAGUCAAAUGCGCGAGCACCUCGGUCCUCCCGAGAUCACCCACGACUACCCGCAGGACAGCACGCACCGCAGACACUCGUCCGUCUCCGAGCAACAGGCUUACUUUAUGCGAUAA